ACGACCCAUGGUCGGUAUCGUGAGUACUCUUGUGCACUACAAACCAUUACUCAUUGAAGUUGCCCUGUCCCAUGCUAUGUCCACCUACAGUCUUUGCUCUCCUGGAUUCAGGGUCAGCUGGGAACUUCAUUUCCGGGUCCCUUGUCCAGUGUCUCCAGCUCCCGAGGACCCGCUGCACUGCCCCCCUCAACGUCCACUCAAUAGUGGAAUUCACCAUCCAGAGGAGUCCAGUGAGCAACCUGAACCCAUCCUGCCAAAUGAGUCCAUCUUGAGUCCCAUCCUGUGGUCCCUGGAUGAGCAGAUGGCCGCCGCCAGGGAGUCCGACCCGGCUCCACCGAAUACCCCAGCUGCUCGUGCCUACGUUCCUCGUCAGCUCAGAAUUCAACUCCUCACCUCUGCGCACUGCACCCCCGGACACCCUGGGACCAACGCCACCCUUACACUUCUCCGAGAUCGCUAUUGGUGGCCUGGCAUGACUCGGGACAUCCGCAGGUUUGUUGCGGGAUGCCAAGACUGCGCAAUGGCAAACUCCUCGUCACCUCCCUGUGGGGAAGUUGUUUCCUCUACCUGUGCCACAGCGGCCUUGGUCGCACCUUGGAGUCGACUUUGUCACAGACCUCCCACCGUCCAAAGACAAUACCUGCAUCCUUGUGGUGGUCGACAGAUUCUCCAAAGCCUGCAAAUUCAUUCCACUCAAGAGUCUUCCUACGGCAGCUGAGACAGCAGAGGCCCUAUUCACUCACAUGUUCAGAAAUUAUGGCAUCCCUGAAGAUGUGGUGUCGGACAGACUACCCCAAUUCUGCUUCUGGCGAGCCUUUCUCCACCUGAUGGGUGUAAGCGUGAGUUUGACGUCAGGCUAUCACCCCCAAACAAAACGGAAGGUUCAGGAGAUCAGCUGAUUCCUUCGAACCUACUGUCACCGGCACCAAAACACCUGGAGUCAAUUCUUACCCUGGGCCGAGUAUGCGCAGAACUCUCUGCGUCAACCUUCCACUGGCCUGACACCAUUCCAAUGCAUCCUUGGUCACCAACCUCCACUGUUCCCCUGGACAGGAGAAUCUUCUGAUGUCCCUGCCGUAGACCGUUGGCAUCAGGAAAGUGAGAGGGUCUGGGGUGAAGCACACCACCAUCUACAGAGGGCCAUCAGUCGCCGAUCCUCAGCACCGGAGUAUGAAGUGGGUCAAAAGGUGUGGCUGUCUACCCGGGACAUCAGAAUGCGUUUCCCAUGCAAAAAACGUAGCCCUCGAUACAUCGGCCCCUUCACCUUAACUCACCGGAACAACCCUGUCACCUAUCGCCUCCAGCUCCCGGCUCAUUACCGAAUCCACCCGACUUUCCAUGUGUCUCUUCUAAAACCCUUUAACUCAUCUCUCUCCUUCCUCCACAGAGCCUGGUGCCGCUGUUGAUAGCCCCCCCCUGCCGCUUC